AUGGCGCCUGGUAAGAAAUUGUCGGCUGCUGAAAAAUACCUGGUGGCAAGGGCCUACCAGUAUUUCCACGAUAUCAAAAAGGCAAAGCCGCUGAACUGGAAGGGAGACGUCAGAGACUAUGUGCACGACUGUCAGAAACCAACUGGCAGACCGCGCAAAUACGGCGAAAGUUUGCAUUCCAUGGUGCGUGAGUUGGUAUCGGAGAUGAAUAAAAGCGGGACACCUGUUUCAGCACCAAAGCUGGCUAAGCGUUUGAAAGAAGCGCACGACAUUGUAGUUUCGGUGCGUUCAUUGCGUCAGUCUACCGCCAAUGUCACCUUCCGCAACAAGUACCUCAAGAAAAAGCUGGCUAAUCUGAACAGGAGGAACUUCCCUAUUCGGCCUGAGGUGUAUUUGAACGAAACAUUUCGCAAUUUGAACCAUGUUGCGCAGCUGUCAUGGGUCGAUACAGAUAAAAUAUUAACAAAAUUGUACUGCUGCUUAGAGAUUUGGUACGACUCUAGUUACACGAAAGCAGAGUUAAUGAUACUUGUCCGAGCCAACAAACCCAAAGCAAUCUACAGAGCGACUGAAAUCGCCACGAAGCACGGCCAUCUUCUCUAUUAUACACCGCCUUACCACCCCGAAUUGCAGCCUGUCGAGCUUAUCUGGGCGAACAUUAAGGGAAAAAUUGUCGAUGACCCUGCGAGCGAUAUGGAGGAGCAACGCCGUAAAAUCGACACCGGGUUUGAUUCCCUCACCUCAGAUACAUGGACGGACACGCACGCCCGUGCUCAAAAAUACGAAAAGAUCUACAUGGAGCUGGUAGACGAGUGCGAAAUACAGUCGGAUGAAGACGAAAGCGAUGACGACGAUGACGAGGAUAAAAAUGACAGUAAUUGA